GUAAGCUUGAAUAACAAGAGUGCCGUGCAAAUCUCCCCACCACGCGUUUCCCCAAAAUUAAAAACCCCUUCUCCACAGACUUGGCUUGAAUCAUUAUUUCCCCCCCCAUUCCCACCCCCACCCCUCCGUUUUCCACAUAUAUGUGUGAUAACGUGCACGCAAUCGAAGAAGUGACGUAAGUGCAGGGAACGGGCUCUGAAAUCUCUUCCCACAUUGAUAUAUUAAAGAAAUAUAGAGCAGUCGAAGCCCAUAUGGAUUUAGUCAAGCAAGAUAAAAUUAUGGAUAAACAGUAUUGAGUGUGUGGUGGAAUUCAAAAGCAGAAAUCUGUUAAUGAGUAGCGUGCAGUUAGAAAUUCGAUCCGCAGUUGCAGACCCACGAGAUUUUGCGAUGGAAUCGCAAGGUGAAGCAAUCGAAAUAAGGGAUUCCGCAAGCCCAAAAGGCAGCGGUAGCUAUGUGAAUUCAGAAGGGCGUCCAACGGGGCUGCAGACGCAACCAUCAAAUAUCAAAGUAACUCCGGAAAAGAAAAUAUUGGUGUUUGCCUUAAGGCUGGCUCUUCUGGAGAAGGCUGCAAGCGGUCUGGGAACUCUGGCCUUCAUCUGGGCCACCGUUGUCCUCCUCGGGGGCUUCGCAAUCACCUUAGGAAGGACAGACUUCUGGUUUGUGACGAUCAUACUCGUAAUUGAAAGUACCCGAGUCUUCAGCCGCAGCCACGAGCUCGAAUGGCAACACGAGACAACGUUGUCUGUGGCGGAGUUCAAGGAGGAUGCAAAACAGGCAAGUUUCAGAUUCAUCAACGCCGGCCGCUCUUUCUUUGGCUCAAUUUGGGCGAAAUUCUCUGCCAAAGACUUGCAGAAAAAAAGAUCAGAAUGGGGCCGUCGUAAAUUGAAAAGAAGUCUUUCCGCUUCAGACAAUCCGUUGGUUCAAUAUGUUGUUUCUCAGAAUGUAAGCAGGCUUCUCUUCUGGGCGCAGUUGUUAUCCGCGUCUACGUGUAUUGCCUUGUCUGUGUGGAGAUUAGCAGGGCAAGACUACCGCAACGUUGAGGGCAGCAGCGAGAAGAGGAAUCGGAGGCCCGCUUUGAAUGUGUUCUACAGCUUGGCUGUAGCAGAGGCUCUUCUGUUUUUGGUGGAGAAGGCCUACUGGCAAUGGAAAAUCAAGGUGCAGAAACUCCUGGUCAAGGUGAAGGAUGAAUUUGGAUUCGACGACAAAGAGGAGGGCACGCUUGAGCGGUUUUUCUACGACACGUAUUCGCAGUCCAUCAAUGGAAGCGUUUUCGACGGUCUGAAGAUGGAUUUGGUCUGCUUCAGCGUGGAUCUGCUCAAGUCGAACACGGACCACGGGCAGCUGACCGGUGCCCGGGUGCUCUCUACCCUGGUUAAUGACUCUCGUUUCUCCGAAGAAACGUUGCGGUCCAUUGGGAUUAUGCAGGACGUGGUGGAGCGCCUCCUGGAAAUGCUCAACUGGAAGAAUCGCCAUGAACAAGAUAUCCGAAAGGCCGUGGCCGAGAUUGUUUGUAAUCUUGUUAAAAAGAAUCGCAAUUCGCUUCGUGUGGCGCAGAUCCCCGGGGCUCUGGAAUCCAUUGCUUCCUUGCUCUACGAUUCCACAGCCACACGCAACGAGCCCCAAGACUACGAUUACUCGGGUUUUAGUCUUGUGGGACUCCGCAUCCUGAAAAAACUCGCCACGGAUCACGGCAACUCUGCUAAGAUUGGAAGCACCAAAGCCCUGCUUCCUAAAAUCAUACGGUUUACAGACGUGCACGAGUCCGAUUUCUCGAAAGCCCAGAUCAAGUUUUUGAAGCUUUCUCUGCAACUGCUGAAAAUGCUGGCGGCCAGUAAGGGUGAAACAGGGAAUGUGUUGAGAAAAGAGAUAUUGAAAAACGUCUUCACAAUAAGCAAUCUAAGAGAGUUUCUUCUCUAUGAAGGUUCCGAUCGUUUGCGGCUCCAAAUCCUGGCCAUUGAGACGCUCACAAGCCUUGCUCUCGAGGAGGAAGGCAGAGAGAGCAUCGGAAGCACUGGCGGAGUUUUGGGUAAUCUUCUCUCUGUAUUUUUCAUGGAGAGGAUUAAUACUAAUGAAGUUGAGGAGAUAAAGCAACUGGUGAGCAAGGCAGGAGAAGCCCUCACUCUGCUUGUACUCCACAAUAAUCACAAUUGCCAAGCGAUGAUCAAACUCAAAUUAACGCGGCAACAAAGCAGAAAUGGCGAUGUGAUCAGAGAUUUGAUUGGUGCACUCAACGAUUCUAUUCAGGGAGUUCAUGCGGCCAGAAUUCUUCAUAACUUAUGCGCUUAUACUCAAACAGAUCGUGAUCAGCUCACACAAAUCAAGGAGGCGGCAGCGCAGGUCUUAAAGCUUGUGAUGAAGGAACAAGGCGCACUUCUGGAAGCCGCCAUAGGGCUAGCCGCUCAAAUCUUCAAGUUUUUCAACAAAUCAAGCAUGGAAACUGCAUUUAACGAGGCAGCAAUUACUGAGAGAGAAUUUGUGAGGCGAUUGAUAGAGGUUUUACAGAGGCAUCCUCGUCCAUCAAUCAAGGUUCCCCAUAUUAGAAGAUAUUGCAUUGAGGUAGUGAUUUCUAUUCUGGAGAAGGACAAAUCAUGUUUUGUGACUGAAAGGUUAAAAUUGGAGGAGGCUUUGGUGCGUGUGGAGGAAACGACGUCGGAGAUGGAGGGUUACAGUAGCUUAUCGGGGAGCAUUGGUCUUACCCGACACCACACCACCAUCCAGUGCCUCGUAAACAUCGCCCUCGUAUUGCUUUCCUUGUAAUUUAAAUGUAAAGCCUUUCUCUGUACAGAUACAGUAUUGUAACUUGUUUCAUAAGGAAUAUGCAUGGCGCCAUAUUCCCUGCAAUAAAAUGAAUUGGAAUGAACCUACAUCAUAAAUCUUACACUGCUACAGUGGACUCCGGGAAGCCCACUCAGACAAGUGAGCUGGAUGAUGGGCUCAGGAGAUUUGAUCUU